UAAUACUACUAUCCCAGUGAAUAAAGCGAGAUAAACACAUUACACCACUAUAGCUCUCCAUCAAAGUAUAUGUGAGAGUGCGACUCCACCACCAACUAAAAAUUCCACCUUCUUUUUCUUUUACAAGUUCAUUCUCAAUUUUAUCUUCAUUAAAGUGAGACGUACUUUGUUUUUUCUCUGCGAGAAUUAUUUGUGUGUUGUGUGCAAGCAAACCAGAAAAACUGAAAAAAAUUCAUUUCAAAUUCACUUUGGGAGGAACAAAAAAUUUACAAAUUUGUUUUGAUAUUACAAUUUGAAAAUUUAUACAUUUUCAAAUAAUCUAAACAUAUUUUUUUGUUAACAAUUACAAAAAGAAUAAGAUCAAUUAUUUUGUAAAGCUCUAUUCUUCCAUAUAUUCCCGUGGGUGGUGGCCAGUGGAAUUUUCAUUGCUAAUUUGGGAGUUCCCAUUUUUUUUUUUAUAUAUAUUUUUUCUUCUGUAAUUGAGAAAAAAUUGAAACAAGAAAAUACAAAUUGAAGAAAAACUUGCAAAAGAAUAUAAAUUCUUUAUUCCUUAUCGAAAUAAAUAAAAGUAUUUAACUUUCAUUGGGAUCGUAACUAAAAAGAAAAACGAACGAAUUGAAAUUUUCUUUUCGUCGUGUUGGUUCUCUUUUGCCUCAUCUAAAAAAAUCAAAUAUGGCGGAUGUUGAAUCGUCUAGCUCGGCUGUACAACAGCCCCCAACUUCCACAAGUCACCUCAAUUCAAUACCAUUGAUUGCGGCUGAACUAAUGGUGGACAAUAGCAAUGCCCAAGUGAGCAUUCAGCAGCAGCAAUUGCAACCCCAAUCUUCAUCGGGGGGCGGUGGUUCGUCGAGCGCCUCGUCGUCAUCGUCAUCAGCCAACUCGUCGUCAUCGGCUUCGAGUGGUGCUGGUGGACAGACUAGAACAUCGUCUGUUGUUGUCGGUGGGGAUUCCAAUGAGCCAGAAGCUAAAAAACCAAAGCUGGACUUGGUUACAGCUGGUACAUCAGCCACUACUACACAACACGAAAAGCUCGAAUAUCGUUUGGGUGGGAUACUUUGUUGUGCUGUUUGUUUGGAUUUGCCAAAGACGGCUAUGUACCAGUGUCAAAUGGGACAUUUAAUGUGUGCCGCUUGUUUUACCCAUCUGUUGGCCGAUGGACGGUAUGUUGGAUUGGGUGGCUAUUUAUUCAAACAGUUUAAAAUGAUUAAUUCAAAUAUUUUAAGGGAUCAGAUAGCUACAUGUCCUAAUUGUCGUGUUGAAAUCUCAAAGAGUACUGCAUCUAGAAAUUUGGCAGUAGAGAAGGCAGCUUCUGAGCUUCCAAGUGAAUGCCAAUUUUGUAACAAGGAGUUUCCUUACAAGUCGCUUGAACGUCACGAACAACAUGAAUGUCAGGAACGUCCAACAAAUUGCAAGUACUCAAGAAUUGGAUGCCAAUGGCGUGGACCUAAUCAUGAAACUACACAACACGAACGGGUUUGUUUACACCCACAUAAAUCUGGCUAUGAAGUUAUGUCCGCCUUGGAAGCAUAUGACGCUAAGAUGAAAGACGAAAAGAAAAUGUUUAGCACUUUGAUUGAUCUAUUGAGUUAUGAGAAAAUUAUUUUCAAUGAUCUACAAAUGAAGCCAUACCGAACAGAUGAGUAUGUUCAUAAGCUGUUUUAUGAAACUGCUAGAUUUUCUGCAUUCAAUCAACAAUGGGUUGUUAAAUCAAGAAUAAAUAACAGUCAACGUGAUCCACACCAAUCAAAUGAUAGAACGAUUACCUAUCAACUUAUUCUCAAAACUAAGACAAGUACUCCUUUGAGUAUUCACUUUUUUGCCCUCAAAGGACCAUUUUCUGAUAUGAAAGUUUCUACACAAAUUUAUAAACAUGACUUUACAGACCAAAACACAGAAAGUGACUACUACACUUUGCCCCUUCCAGAUAGUUCGGAAUGUAAUCGUUUGCUUUCAAACAAAGCAAUCAAUUUCAGACUUUUGAUGUUUUUACUAAAUAAAUAAGUUUUAAACUAAGGAAUAUCAACCAAACGUCAUUAAAUGUCCAAUCCCUUCUAAAUCUUUAUGAACAAAAACAAAAAAAAAUAUAAAUAUAUACUACAUAUAUUUUUUUUUUACAACGAACAAAUUUUCUAACCGUGGGAAGUGUUCGUUUUCUUCUUUUGAAUAUUUAUAUUAUGUAAUACAUUUUUUAUAUAUACAAAUUUUAAAAUAUAUAUAUCUCUACAUAAA